GAGUCUCAUUGUGUCGUGAAUGGUGAUGUGUCCGUCGUAAAUGGUGUCGCAGUAGUCCAGAUAUGGUCGAAUGUAUGUCUUGUAUAUUGCGUCUAGAGUGUUCCGUGGGAGAUAGUGUGCUAUAGGAUAUAAUGGACUAAGGGAUUUAUUAGCUUUUUUAAGAAUAACGUUUAUAUGUUCGUGGAACCUAAGGUCUUUUGAAAAGGUCAAACCAAGGUGAUUAUGUGUGUUUGUUGAUGGUAUCUGAAGCCCACCGAAAAGCUCGCCAUGUACCGCGUCGCCGCCGUUCUGAUGCUGCUCACGGCCGCCGCCGCCCAGGGCACCGUGUGCCCGGACGGCAAACGGUGCGCCGGCGGCUCCUGCUGCAUGACCAUGCGGUCUGACGAGCUGUACGGCUGCUGUCCGUUCGCCAACGCCGUCUGCUGCGCCGACAUGCUGCACUGCUGUCCGCAGCACUUCCACUGUGACCUGGACCGGGGUAUGUGUAUCCCGGGCCCCGGCGAGCACCGCCUGCUGCGGCUGGGGCGGCCGGAGGGGCUGCGCUCCGGCGGCGGCCACCCAGUGCCGCUGGCCCGCUCCGCCGCCGCACCCGCCGUCGACGACAAGUGUCCCGACGGCAAGACGAGCUGCAACGCGGCGGCCACGUGCUGCGCGCUCCGCUCUGGCGGCUACGCGUGCUGCCCGGAGGCCAACGCCGUCUGCUGUCCCGACCACAUCCACUGCUGCCCGCAGGGCACAAAGUGUGACGUCAAACACCGCACCUGCCUCAAGGUUCAGAAGCACCCCAUUCUGACCCUGCUGUGAAGCGGAGCGGUCCCGCUGACUCGUGUGAAGCGGAACGGCCCCGUUGGCUCGUGUCCUGGUGAGGGUCACCCAGCACAUCUACCCCCGACUGCUCGGUCGCCGUGGGAUCGGCGUGCCACCCAUGUGAAGAUACUCCCCUCCCAGCAGACUGCCAACCCAGUCCAGUCGGCUGUGAUAAACGGCCACACAGCCGACAUCACACAUGUAGUCCAGCAAGUGAGACACGCUGCAUUCGUAUUUUAAGGGCUUUCUGCUUUUGUGCCUGGUCGCGCUUUUCAGGGCAUUUCUGACUCGACCCGCCAUUAUUGGUUACUUUUGUACUAGAGUGUAUUCAGUGUAACGAUAAAUACAUGAUUACUUUGGUUAUAAGA